GAAAAUAUCUCCAUUCAGAUUCCAUUUCGCGAGCCAGUACUGAAAAAGUACGAUGUGGUGACAUGUAUUGCACCGCUGUUUCGGCAACGAGAACAAUGGCAACAGGCACUCUUCGCAGCGCACAUCUAUAAAAAAUAUGGGAGUCAUAUGCAUUUAUACAUUCGCAGUAUGGGUUACUUAACUAUUCAACCAUGGCUGCGAAUCACUCUGCUUACAAUUGACGAAAUGGAAUUCAACCCAAACAUCAAUGUCGAAUUUCGGAACCAAGCGGCAGCUCAGACCGAUUGCCUACUCCAAUAUAAGGAAUCCGCCUCAUACAUCGCUUUCAUGGAUCUUGACGACGUGUUGAUUCCAAGGUUGGCAGACAGUUAUCUCGAAGAGUUUGCACAUCUUUUCCACUCAAUGCCAAAUGUCGCCUACAUCCAUUACGUGAAGGAGAACACCAAACUAGACGUCGCAACACAUCCGAAUAAAUUUACGCUAAGGGCGAUGCUCUCAACAAUUCAGUUCGAAAUGGUCAGCGAAACUGGAAAGAUGGUCGCAAAUCCGCUUUACGUGAAUCACACUUGGAUACAUCAUCCUACCUACGUGACAGAGGGAAUGGAC